UGACGCGGUGGUCAGGUGUUGCCUCAUAUAACGAGGGGGGAGCUGUCCAAGUGCUGAAAACAGACGAGAACAGAACCGCUCCUGAGGAGAUGCCAUACACCUUCACUGCUGUCUGAGCUUUAUUACCAAAAGGUAAUACAUUGCCUAUAAUGCUGCAUUUGCACCACAAGUUGCCCUUGGGUGGAGCCGUUGUCCUGCUCUUCCUCCUCCAUGGAUGUGCAUCCUCCGUGCAGGCUGCGUCUCUCCCCCGCCACUACCGGCUCCGAGGCGGGGAGGGUGAGGCGCAGCAGCCGGCAGCGCCCUACCAGCCGCCCAGCUCCGACAUGAUCAAAGCCCUGGAGUACAUCGAGAACCUGAAGCAGCAGCGGAACGGAGGAGGAGGAGGGAGAACCGGACCAGAACCAGUGGAUUAUGACGAAGAAGUGGACAAGUUCCGGGUGCUUCUUCAGCUCGCCUCGCAGCAGCAGCAGGAUGAAACCCCCGUGGAGCGUCAGCCUGCACCAAGCACCCAGAGGCAGGACAUUACCGCCGAGCAGCUGAUGAAAGCCCUGCUCCAGUCGCUCCAGGAUCGGCCCAGGAACGACCGACGCACGCACCAAAGGCACCGCGCCAAAGACACGGAGGCUCCAGAGGCUGCAGCAGCACCGGCACCGGCGACACAAUACGGUAACUUCCCAAGACCCCACAAGAAAUACCCUCUGAUGUUUGAAGACGAGGAAAAUACAGACGCCAAGAGGGCCACGGAGGAUCUGGAUGAGCAGUACACUCCUCAGAGCCUCGCCAAUUUACGCAGCAUCUUUGAAGAACUCGGGAGGAUGCCCAUGAUGGGGGGCCAGAAGAGAGACGUGUUCGGGGAUGAGGAUGAAGAUGAGGAUGAAGAAGAAGAAGGAGGUGAUGGGUUCAGCCUGAGGAGCCAGGCCUACGACGACGUGGCCGGAGGAGGAGAGGAGGAGUGGGUCCCUGUGGAGGAGAGGGAGGAGACGGAAGAGAUGGUGAACAGGAGCCACGAAGAGAUGGAGAGGGCACUGGAGGAGGAGAUGAUGCAGCGCAGGGCGAGGAGCCAGAAGAACCAAGAAGAUGAGGCUGAUGAUAAUGAUGAUGACACCAAGCUGGUGGACUACUACCUCCUGAAGGUCUUGGAGAUGAGCGAUCAGACGCAGAAGCAGAAGAGGGAUAAGACCACCGGAGAGCAGAGGAAGAGGCUGAUCCGCCCCUCCAUCGUGGAUCCAAGAACAGUGAAGGAGCUGCUGCAGCUCUCCUUGAAGCUCCACGUUCCUCCGCAGGAUCUCAUCGACAUGCUGCUCACAGAGGAGCUCAGGAAGUUCCAUCGGGAACCCCAAAGAAGCUCAGCUCGCUACACCACCACCACCACCACCACCAACGGCCAGAACACCCCCUCCAAGAUCCGGUACUACAGCCGCAGACUGCCAGUGAAGAGCAAGCCCAUCCCAGAGGAUAUGGACAGAGAGGACUUCUUGGACAUCAUCGGCGUGGAGACUAUCAGUAACGAGUAUCCCGUGCUGCAGAGACCCAUGAAGACCUCCCCAUCCUUGGAGAGAAUCCCAGCUGCGACCAAACCGGUCGCAAAUGCGGCUCUGGUUAAAAUCCCUCCAGCUCCAUCCUCAGGGCGCAGGGAGAACCUCUUUUUAUCCGAGCUCAACAAGAUGCCCCUGAAGCGUCAGUCUGCUGUUGAUGAAGAUGAUGAUGAAGGUGGUGAUGUUGAAGAUGAGGUGACCACCUACCUGGCAGCCAAGAUCCUCACAGAGUACCCGAACACCAUCAGCAAGAGGGACACCCAGGCGCAGCAGCUGAAGGGACAGUUCCCAUACGAGCUGUACGAGCGAGUCAUGAAGGACUACUUGGGGCAAGCGGAAAACAGUGAAAAAAGGCCGAUGGCCAAGAGGGAGACCGAGGUGGCCACGGAGGAGAAAGUAGAGCCCACAGAGAUGCAGGAGAAGGAGGAGAUGACGGACAAGACGUUGGCUCCACAGACCGUGAAUGAAGAGGAGGAGAUGGAGAACCAUGAAAAAACAGUGGCUGGGAUGUAGCACUGCGAAGACGCACGAAAAUUAUGAAUAUUUAUACUGUCUCAAAAAUAAAAGUUUGGUGGACGUGAUCUAGUUUACAAAUUUAUAUUAUAUGACCUAUAGCUGGUAUUAUCACCCUAACGAAAAAUGAACUAUAGCAAUCCAAAACAUUUGUAAAAAAUAGUCCCUAUACUUGCUGCAAGAACAUUCUAGACAUAUUGUAUUGAUAUAUCACAGGAGAUUAAAGGUGCAUACAUGAGAAAAAAAAAAAUGUAUCCUCAGAACACUUUUUGAUUUGAACUCUCAAAUUGCCAAUUAGGCCCUAUAACAUGUAGAUUAUAAUAUCAAGUCACAAUGAAAUCCAAGUUAUUUAAAGUUUUGUGAUGUUGUUAAAGGUUUGUUUACAUUGAUGGUGUUUGUAAACAGGCCUAUAUUUUCCAAUUAUAAUCAACUGUAAUAAAAAAAAAAAAACGCUUAUUUUUCAUCUAUGUCAAACUAUUCAAUUACACAUGUGAAUAUAUCUGUAAAUGAUAAAGUAAAAAUUGCUGACUGGGCCUUUUAAAAACACAAGCAUAUAUACCGACAAAGGAACAUUAUGGGGAUUUUUCGUUAGGGGCAGCGGCAGCAGCAGCGGCAGCAGCAGCGUGCUGGGCUGAGAGCGAGUGUUGUUGUGACUCGUGAUAUAUUCAGGGUUAGUGGAUUUAAUGUUAUUAUUAUGGAUAAUUAUUUCCAAGUCUAAAUAUCAGACCGUCGCCUGCCUUCCAACCCUUUCAUACUGCGAAGCUCCGUAUCGUUGGCCUACCAGUGGUUGUGCUAUGUAUGCUCAUUUUUAAACCAUUUUGUACAUGUUCAAUAAUGUGUGAUGAAUCACAGAUGAAUAAAGCAUCAGCGGUAUUAUUUUUCUUC